GGGGAGGGGCCGAGCGGACGGCGCGAGAGCGGGAGGCGCGUGACGCGGCGCGAGGUUGGCAAUGAAGAAGAAGCGGGCAGCGGUGCCAAGCGAGCGGAAGCCGCCGGCGAGAAGGAGGACAUCCCCCAGGAGCGACAAACCCAAAACCUCCACCCUGCCAGGGGCGGAGGUGACCGCUGAGGCAGCUCCUGCCCGCUCGGGCCUCGAUGGGGCCGCGGUCUCGGCUGUCAGCAAGGGUGCGGGGGCGCGGCCCGCCGGGUCGGUGCCCCCGGCUCCGUUCUGCCCGAGCCACCUGUUCGAUGACAUGGCCGAGGUUGGGGCCUUCCGGUCCCGCCUCCUGACGUGGUACGAUCGAGCCAAGCGGGACCUGCCGUGGAGGAGAAGGGCAGCAAGUGAGCCAGACCCGGACCGGAGAGCGUAUGCAGUGUGGGUGUCGGAGAUCAUGCUGCAGCAGACGCAAGUGGCAACCGUGAUCGAUUACUACAACCGCUGGAUGCAGAAGUGGCCAACGCUGCCAGAGCUGGCCGGCGCAUCCCUGGAGGAGGUGAACCAGAUGUGGGCCGGGCUCGGUUACUACUCCAGGGGCCGGCGGCUGCAGGAGGGAGCCCACAAGGUGAUGGUGGAAUUGGGGGGCCACGUACCACGCACAGCAGAGGAGCUGCGGAAGCUGCUGCCAGGAGUUGGGAAGUACACAGCCGGUGCUAUUGCUUCCAUUGCCUUUGGCCAGGUGACCAGCGUGGUGGAUGGGAACGUGAUUCGAGUCCUGUGUCGUCUCCGGGGCAUCGGAGCUGACCCUAGCAGCCCCGUCGUCUCCCAGCAGCUCUGGAGCCUGGCGCAGCGGCUAGUGGACCCUCAGCGGCCGGGGGACUUCAACCAGGCGAGCAUGGAGCUGGGAGCCAUCGUGUGUACGCCCCGGGCCCCUCUCUGCUCGGAGUGCCCCGUGCGAGAACUGUGCUGGGCGCGGCAGAAGGUGGAGCGGGACCAGGCAUUGGCCUCCCAGAGGCUGUUGAGCAGCAGGAGUCUGAGGGCGAGCCGUGACAUUGAAGACUGUGCCGGUGCGGCGGGGCAGUGUCCGCUCUGCCUGCCGCCCACGGAGCCCUGGAACCGGGAGCUGGGCGUGACCAACCUCCCCCUGAAGCCGCGCCGGCGCCCGCCCCGGGUAGAGAGGGCGGCCACCUGCGUCCUGGAGCAGCAGCAGGCGGGCCCGGGGGGCAACCGCUUCCUCCUGGUGCAGAGACCCAGUUCAGGCCUGCUGGCCGGGUUCUGGGAGUUCCCCUGUGUGCCCACGGGGCCCUCGGAGCAGAAGCGGCGCCAGGCUCUGCUCGAAGCGCUGCGGGCCCGGACGGGAGGCCCCGUGCCAGCCGCGGGCCUGAAGCGCCUUGGAGAGGUGGUCCACGUCUUCUCCCACAUCCAGCUGACGUACGAGGUGUACGGCCUGGCCCUGGAGAGGCAGCCCCGGGGGCCAGCCCCGCCGGGCGCCCGCUGGCUCACCCGGGCCGACUUGCAGGGAGCGGCCGUGUCAACCGCCAUGAAGAAGGUGUUCCGGAUGUACGAGGGACGGCAGCCUGGUGGCAAGGGGGGCUCCAAGCGGCUCCCACGGACUCCCCACCGGCAGCUCGCCCUCGAUGCCUUUCUCCAGCCGCGCCCCGCCUCCUGACCGGGCGCUGCCUCGAGUUUUGACUCCGGGACCAGGUGGACCAGGCUGGCCCGAGGGCCCGGCAGUGAGAGCCCCGCCCCGCCCCAUCCUCCCCGCGUCCUCCUUCCUCUGCAGCUCUGGCCUCUCGUCUUAUCGUUUUCUAUAAUAAAGCGUAAAAGCGUUUCUUAA